AUGGUAUUGAAUAACGACAUUGUUCAAUCCUGUGAAAUGACUGGAGUUGGCCUGAUCAGUUCUUGGUCUGAGGUAGAUAAGUUCCAGAAAAGCAAUAACGUUACUCAGUUGUUCGAUGAGGAUCCGGAGAUGUUCGACGGAUCAAGCCUUUUCCCUCAUUUUUGUAGUCUUUGGAAAAAUUCCCAAACAGCUUUAUCGGAGAUCCCUAUUCAGUAUGGUAAUGCAUGCCACAAGAUUGCUCGUAGAUUACCCAGUAUGUUUACCAAAAUGUCUCAUCGUAAAGGAUUGCCUAAUGUCCGUAAUAUUACAGAAAUGAUUAAUCUUGAAAGGAACACAUGGAAUCUUAUUUCAAGUAUUUACUUGGACCGUUUUGAGUCAGAAUCUAGGACCGGGACGGUUGAAGGAAAUGAUUUAUCUAAUUUUAAUCACUCUGAACGGGAAAUAAUUCGAUUACUAUACGAAAGAGAUAAUGAACUUCGUGAAGCUCAGAUAUUAAUAGAUUGGUUAGAACAAAUAGUUCGUGAGCAGAUCGAAGAAGUUGCUGAAAAAUACGAAUGUUUAUUCAAUCAGACAACUGCUUGGGAGAAUACGGCACAUUUAUUGAGUUAUCUUUCACAAGCAGAGCUUACUAAACAUCGUUUGGUAAAAGAAUUGCAUCCGGAUGCUGUAACCCUAACAGGCAAUGAAUUGGAUCAGAAAGAUCAAAUUGAUAAUGAUCGAUUUAUAAAUUAUUUAUUCCUAUGUCUUCGUGGUGGAGAUCUUCAUCGUGCUCAACUUCUUUGUACACAACGUGGUGAAUUUUGGCGUGCUAUUUCACUUGAAGGUUGGCGACCAUUUCAUUAUUCUGGUUUUGUGGAAGGUGAAUCAACUCAAUUUCAAACAUUAAAAGAUACAGAUGAAAAUUUUACUCAUUCAAAACCAUUACAAAUGAAAUUCAGUAUCGAAGGGAAUCCAACGAGAAUUUUAUACAAAUCUGUGUGUUGGUGGAAUUCAGAGAAUAUAAAAUUACGUUCAUUUGAACGAGCUAUUUAUGCUACAUUAUCAGGAAAUUUAAAUGUUCUAUCACAAAUUUUACCAACUUCAUGGACAGAUCAAACAUGGGCACAUUGUCGUGCUUUAGUUGAAGCUCGUGUAGAUUCUAGUCUACGUAGCCUAUUGAAUACUGGCCCUAGGGCUGAUACACUGGCUGUUACUGGGAAAACAUCUAAAUACUGGCCUCUGGAUGGAGGUUUAAGCUUGCCUGAAUCAGCUUGGACACCAGGUGAUUGGACAUUAUCCGAUGUAUUUACACGUGUCGAUGCACGUUUAGGUUGGUCUGCUACUGGAUGUUUAGAAAAAUGUAAUAAUAUACGCAUGAGAUCAGUAUUGUGUUCUGCAAUGAAUGAUUUCUUAAUGGAUGAUACUUCAUAUUUGUACACGAAUGAUGAUAUUGGUGGCAGUGGUACCGGUGGGAAUGACAUGGAAUCACCUUCUGUAUAUGCUAUUAUUUAUUGCAUUUUCUAUGCUGUACAACAAACUAUCAUGUUAAAGAAUUAUGAUUCUUUUCUCCUAACUUUAGCCAAUCUUAUGCCGAAACUUGUAUGUUAUGGUUUAGGCGAUGGUAUUGUGCCAGAUAUAACUCCAUUACAACCGCCAAAUUUGAAUAGAGUUGGGAAUAUUGAUCACGUAGUUUGUCACACACUUCGAUUUCUGACUCAUUUUCUCCUGUUUUUAAAAUCAGCAGAUUCUGAUAUUCCGGAUGAACCAUAUUCAGAAAUUAUUAAAGCUUAUUUAUGCUUUUUAAUUGUGAAUAAAGAGACCGAUUUAGUUGCCUAUUAUGUUUCUGUAUUACCCACUGAAUCAUUACAAAUUCAAUGGUAUUCAUGGUUUUUAACAGAAAUCAAUCAUCCAACUGAACGUGAACAUUGUUUAUCAUUAGCUGUUGAUUAUGGUUUUAAUUUAUCUAAAUUAACAAGAUCCAUAGUAAGAUUAUCAAAACAACGAAUUGAUUUAUCAUCAAUCAAUCAGUAUCCUUCUAAUACAAUGGAUCAUAAUUCAAUAUUAUCCAAACAAAAUAACUAUAUAAAACCAUCAUUCAAUGAAAUGGAAUAUUUCACCAAAUUAUUACAUACUACUACUACUAAUAAUAAUAACAGUAAUAAUAAACAUGAAAUUGGUAAAUUAACUGAUAUAGAUAAACAACGUAUUAUUGCAAUGGAUUGGUUAUUUUAUAAUCCAGAUCAACGUGGUGAAGCUUUAUGCUUAGCCAAUAGUUUAUUAAGAGUUUUUAUUGCAAUGCAUUCAUUUAAAGCGGCGCAACAGGUUCUAUCAAAAUUACCAGUUGGUACAUUAGAACAUGCUAAAAUAAUUUGUGAGAAAUUGGGUUCACCGGAUUGGCUUGUGAAUACAAUACGUGAACAUGAAUGUCUUACUUUAUAUUUAGAAAGUCGGGAUGCAUUUGCUGACUGGUAUCAACAAGUACAUACUAAUCGACCUGUACAACCGUCUUCGUUAACAAAUAAUAAUAAUUUUUUGCAUACAACAUAUGGUCCUCGCGGCUUAGCACAACGUCUUGCUAUUGAAGAAUCAAAAAAAGAGUAUUUAGCUCGUCUUGAACGCUGGCGACAUGAUACACGAUUAGAUACAGAGGCAGCAGCUGAAAAACUUUUGGCCUUAUUAACAUAUCCUCAUCCUGGUUGGUUAGUUGAUAUAGAACAGCGACAACAACAACAACAACAACAGCAAUUGAAUAUGGAUCCAAAUGAUCGAUUAACAUUGACAACAGAAAUUCAUCAUGAUAAAUUAAUUGAUCGUAAAUUCGAAGGUGAUAAAGGAGGAGAAAUAUAUGAAAACAAUUGUGAAACAUUAACUAUGAAUAAAAAUGAUUUAUUUGAUGAACUUGAUGAAAAUCCUGCAUCACGUCAAUUACAAAUGAAUGUACUACGAGAGACAUAUAAUGAAUAUGGUUUAUUCAAGUUGUUCUCUGGACCUCAGCUUCAAAAUCUUCUUCAUCAUAUUUCUGAAUCAAUUCAAUAUUUAAUUGACAAUGAACAAGAUCCAUUGGGUUAUAUUAUACAUUAG